AAAUUACAUACAGAUCAGGAACAGAACAGCUUAGACUCUUCUUCUUCAGGGGGCACAGAGAGUUGGUAAAAUCUCCACUUUUAGAUCCGUUCAGCAUUUAAUCUCUUUCCGAUUUCGAUGCCUUCCCGUAGACGUACCCUCCUCAAAGUCAUCAUCCUCGGCGAUAGCGGGGUGGGGAAAACCUCUUUGAUGAAUCAAUAUGUUAACAAAAAGUUCAGCAACCAGUACAAGGCCACCAUUGGAGCUGACUUCUUGACUAAGGAAGUCCACUUUGAAGAUCGUCUUUUCACUUUACAGAUAUGGGAUACAGCUGGACAGGAAAGGUUCCAGAGCCUUGGUGUAGCUUUCUACCGGGGUGCUGAUUGCUGUGUACUUGUAUAUGAUGUCAACUCCAUGAAAUCAUUUGAAAACCUCAACAACUGGCGUGAAGAGUUUCUCAUCCAGGCUAGUCCAUCUGAUCCAGAGAAUUUUCCUUUUGUUCUUAUCGGAAACAAGGUCGACGUGGAUGGUGGAAACAGCAGAGUGGUUUCAGAGAAAAAGGCUAAAGCUUGGUGUGCUUCAAAGGGAAACAUUCCCUACUUUGAGACCUCUGCUAAGGAAGGCACCAAUGUUGAGGAAGCUUUCCAGUGCAUUGCCAGCAACGCGCUCAAGAGCGGCGAAGAGGAAGAGCUAUACUUGCCAGACACAAUCGACGUGGGGACAAGCAAUCAACCGAGAUCUUCAGGGUGUGAAUGCUAAAAGGGUUUGUAUCUAUCUCUCCGAGAAGAAUGCUUUUGAGUUCAACAAUGUGUUUUGGUCUCUCCCCUCUCUUCACCAGCUAUCUCUUCAAGUUUAUUACAUGCUGUAAAAAAAUUUCUUUUGUGUGAAAAAAAGAAUCCUUCCUUCAAAACCAUUUGAUUUGUUCAGUGUUCCUUCUUUUUCAUAACAUAACAAGUUGUUUUGAAAGUUUUUUUUUUAAAUAUAAGCUUUUCCAAUU